AUGCAAAAUCAUCCUUAUGAUACUGGUCGGAAGUUCUACAAUCCAUUCUCAACCCGGGCUCCAGUCCUGAUAUUAUUGUUACUAUGCACUCUUGGCCUUAUUGCUCUAUCGGAAGUUGCUGUUCGGCGAUUACCUGCUCAUGAUGGAGUUGGGCGACUGGGAAAGGUUGCCGACCAGCUUAACCAGACACUCAACAUAAACAUUGGAAGAAAUCUCAAGCGACAGGAGUGGACGACACUCGAAUCUACCGACAUCAUUCUCGAUGCGAUUCCGUCAGCCACAGUAACACCAGUAGAAAAUGGCAUCGACUCAUCACAUACAGGUACCUCCUCGUCUCAAGAGCCUCCCCGACCUACAGUCACUGAUGGGCAACUUGGACUGGGGGAUGGUUCUCUACCUACUCCACCACCAGACCCUGUUCCGGAGCUAGAACCGACCCCGAAUCCGGAACCAUUCGUUGGCGGUGGAAACACCAACCCUAGCCCAAGCGGACCCGGAGUUGCUCCCACAGGGCAAUUAGAUACCGGUGGCCCAUCUAUACUUCCUCCUGAUGCAGGGAAUGGAAAUUCUCCUCCGGCGCCUACUCCACCGCCGAUUUUGGUCAUUGCAGAUGGCCAAACCUCAACAAUAACUCCCGCACCUACACCAGGAGCUUCUGAUGUUGCUCCUACUUCUGAGCCAGGUAUCGCGGUUGUGGAUGGGAUUUCAUCGAGUCUGUCAGCAGGCCAGAUUGUUACAGAUUCAAACGGAGCAUCGAUAGGCGUUCUUACUGAAGUCAAUGGACAGACCUUUACUGUUGUUGGUGUUAUAUCGCCAACAAUGUCUGGUAUGGUGAGGACAAGUGCUACAGCCUCGACGACCAAAGCUGCAGUCGUACCAGUGUCAACCUUCGUCAACGGAACUGGCACUUAUCUCAAAUGGUCAAAUGGAGGAGUGACAUUUGCUCCCAGGAUAACGCUCGUCCAAUACAUAUGUGUCGCCAUAGUGCCUCUCCUCUUGGCUGUCAUCUUCACGAUCCCCUGGCGUAUCCUGGACAGUACCAUCCGCGAGCUCGAACCAUUCUAUCAGUUGGCCGGACCAGGUGGUGCAUUCGCUGAAGACUCACUAUGCUUAAACUAUGGCGCUUCUUUCCUCAUUACCAUGCCCUUCAAAUCUAUCACCAAGGGCCACUUCAUAGUCUGCUGGAGCUCGUUGAUAUCCAUCGCCGCUUUGUUUCUCGCUCCUCUUGCGUCAGAGGCAUUCUUCGUCAGCUUGACCGGUACUUGUGGUGCAAACAUUCCUAGCCAGUUGUGUCACGGUGCUUGGGGCGUUUAUCCGAGUCUCGUGCGAGCUAUUCAGGGAAUCCUGGCCUUCAUCGCGGUUCUCCUGGUGUUACUAAUUGCUUUCAACUUCAAACGCAGUUCAGGCGUUUACUCCGAGCCGCUCAGUAUAAUAGGUCUCGCUUCUCUUCUAUACAAAUCGCAUGUCUUGCAAGAUUUCCGGGAAAUCGACUCGCUGGUUAAAAAUAGGGAGCUGAAGAGUAUCCUAUCUGGCAGGCGAUACGCACUUUCUGAUUUUACAAGCAAUGAUCACAAACGUUGCUAUGGUCUGGUCAACGUCAAUACAGAUGUCGAGACAGGAUUUACCGCUAAAGCCACGAGGUCCGUAAAUAGAGGUCGAUACAAAUUGGUCAUAGGGUCGAAAAGCAACGUGGAGGUCGCUGCAGAGGAAGCUAAUAACCACUCUGCACGUUCAAAAGGCGCAAAGUUCUGGUGGGUAGUCACGGAGAAGCUGUAUUAUAUUGCAGCAUUCAUGUUGCUCGGCGGGCUUCUGGCGCUGAUAUCUUAUUACCAUUGGACGAGUGCCGAUACGGCAUUUGAACGAUUCAUGAAUUCUCAAGACUUUGGCGUUAGGUUUAUGAUGACCGCACUAGGUGUAGCUGUCAAGCUAUUCUGGAGCGGUAUUGAUCAAGAUCUCCGCAAAUUAGCUCCUUUCCAACGCCUACUCCACGGCUCGUCACACCCCAACGACUCGGUCCUUGUACCAAUCUGGACAUCCCCAUUCGCAGCCAUCAUCCCCUCCCUCCGACGCGGCCACUUCUUCGUUGCACUAAUCUGCUUCGUGUCCGUCCUCUCUGAAUUCCUCCCAAUCUGCCUAGCCAACAUCUCUUUCUCUCCAGCAAUCACCAAGAAGACAUACGAAGUCUGCAACUUCAUCAGCAUGGGUGUACUGAUCCUCAUGGUAGGCUGCAUUUUGUUCUUGAUUGGAAGGCCAAUGAGAGGAAGACCGUUGCCGAGGAGUCCGGCGACGGUGGCGAGCGUUGGGGUGUAUCUGGCGGGCAAGGAAAGUGAGUGGGUGGGCGAUGGGCAUGGUGGGUUGAUGGAUGGGUUGGAGGGGGCUUCACUUAUGAAGAGGUGGGAGAGGGAUGAGUUUAUUAGGGAGAAAGGCGUGCUGUAUGCUAUGGGUGUGGUUCAUGGUGAUGGAUUGAGGAUUGAUGAUGAUCGCAGGAUACAGCGCUUAUGGGCUGAUUAG